GGUGGAGGAGCGCUGCAGUCCUCACCGGUGACAAACUGCCGAGUUUGUGUCUGGUGGGGGGGAAACCCGCCACCACGGAAGGAUAUGAAUGGGUUUUUAUUAUUAUUAUUAUUCACACCGAGAGACAUAUCGGCUUGGAUUGGAAACUAUGAAGCCCCCCUCCUCCCGCUCCUGUUUCCGCUCAGUGCUGCGGUGACCGCGGAGUGCGCACAGGCACCGUCCGCUGACACGUCUCUGUCUACUUGUUCUCCCUCCGAGAAACAUGACGCGCGCUUCCCUGGCUGGCGUCGGACUUCUGUCGGUCCUUUUCACCUGUUCUUUAGCAGUGCAGUAUGAGGAGGACUACGAGGAUGUCACUGUGAACCAAAUGCUGGCUCCUAAAUCCCAGGAAACGGACACCACGGAAAUCCUCAAUAAUUUACUCAAAGAGUAUGACAAGAAGCUGAGGCCGGACAUUGGAGUGAAGCCAACUGUCAUAGAUGUGGAUAUAUUUGUGAACAGCAUCGGACCGGUGUCUUCAAUCAACAUGGAGUACCAAAUUGACAUCAUCUUUGCCCAGACGUGGACAGACAGCCGCCUCAGAUACAACAGCACAAUGAAAAUACUGACCUUGAACAGCAACAUGGUUGGACUCAUUUGGCUGCCAGACACCAUCUUUAGAAACUCCAAGACCGCAGACUCCCAUUGGAUCACGAUGCCGAACCAGCUGCUCAGGAUAUGGAACGACGGAAAAAUACUUUACACCUUAAGGUUAACUAUAAAUGCUGAGUGCCAGCUGCAGCUGCACAACUUUCCAAUGGAUGAACACUCGUGCCCACUCAUCUUCUCCAGCUAUGGAUACUCGCAAGAUGAGAUGAUUUACAAGUGGAGGAAGAACUCGGUGGAGGCGGCCGACCAGAAGUCCUGGCGUCUGUACCAGUUCGACUUCAUGGGCCUCAGAAACACAACGGACGUCAUAAAGACGACGGCAGGUGACUACGUGGUGAUGACGGUGUACUUUGACCUGAGCAGAAGGAUGGGCUACUUCACCAUCCAGACCUACAUCCCCUGCAUCCUCACCGUGGUUCUCUCCUGGGUUUCCUUCUGGAUCAAAAAGGACGCCACUCCGGCCAGAACAGCUCUAGCGCUGCUUCUGUCGUGUUAUGCCGUUUUUAUUUCUGUGCGCUCUGUUGUUGUGCAGACCACUGGCAUUUAUAAAGGGAUCACCACAGUCCUCACCAUGACCACUCUGAGUAGUGUGGCCAGGACGUCGUUACCCAGAGUGUCUUACGUCACCGCCAUGGACCUUUUCGUCACCGUUUGCUUUCUGUUUGUCUUUGCUGCCUUGAUGGAGUACGCAACGUUAAAUUACUACUCAUACAGCAUUCGGAGGCCGAGCUACAUGGAACCUAAAAGGCUGAACUUUGUGCUGGAUGUGAGACCUCCUCCGCACACCGUCAUCGCUCUAAACAAUGCCAUGUACUGGCAGGAGUUCGAGGACGCCUGCGUCUAUGAGUGUCUGGACGGGAAAGACUGCCAGAGCUUCUUUUGCUGCUUUGAAGAAUGCAAAGGAGGCGCCUGGAGAAGAGGAAGAGUCCACAUAGACCUACUGGAACUGGACGCUUACUCGCGUGUGUUUUUCCCCACGUCCUUCUUGCUGUUCAACAUUGUGUACUGGGUCGGAUAUCUCUACCUUUAGUACAACACACUCGGCAGAAAAGUCAGAAAGUAAUGGGUUUCAGUAGUGAUGUAAGGAACCGUGACAGCAAAUAAGCUGUUUGGAAGGAGCUACCUGGAUAAGAGAGCAACAUCCAGCCUGUUUCUGCAGGUGGAGGUUUCUUCUGUGGGGACAUUAGGCGUGAGAAUCCAACACAGCAGAGUUUGAAAGGACUGUGAGGACAAACGGGCAGCGAGCCGCACACCGGGACCCCAGUCUGCUCAGGCAGGUAGACGGCUCUGUGUUGUAGGAAUACUGUUAUCCAGCCGUUGGUCGAGUCGAGCCGAUGAAAAUCCAAGGACACACAAACCGUUCCUAGUGCCUUCCUUUGGAGGGGUAGAUGCCAUCCGUAACAAUAAUCAGGGAGUUAUCAUUUAUAGAGUAGAUCGGAAGAACCUGGCUUUGACUGAUUAUCAAUAAGUUUAUGAAGUAGUCACGUGGUACAAUAAACACACGUAUUAUUGGAAUACUUUCACUGUUACUUUCAGCUAUUUGAUGGGACUAGCUAUGAGGUGUUACUCAUAUCAAGGUUUUACAUUUUUGCAGUUGUAUUUGGUUUACAGUCCUUUUAAAACCUUUUACCUCUAAAUUUAAAAUGUCCACCUGGAUAUUUUUUUACUUAUUUUAA